AUGACGUUCACCUGUGACCAGUGUGGAAAAAAGUGGGCCACAUCCUCCAGACUGAAAGUACACUACAGAACUCACACAGGAGAACGGCCAUACAGCUGUGACCAGUGUGGAAAUAAAUUUAAAGAAUCUGGUGCACUCAAACCCAUAACUUUGACUGUUUGGUUGAAGGACUUCCAGAACUCUCUGCCACUGCUCCUAGCUACAGGAUCCUACGACAGAAUGACGUUCACCUGUGACCAGUGUGGAAAAAAGUGGGCCACAUCCUCCAGACUGAAAGUACACUACAGAACUCACACAGGAGAACGGCCGUACAGCUGUGACCAGUGUGGAAAUAAAUUUAAAGAGUCUGGUGCACUUAAAGCACAUAUGAGAAUCCACACAGGAGAACGGCCCUACAGCUGUGACCAGUGUGGGACCGAAUUUAAACAGUCUGGUGCACUUAAAGCACAUAUGAGAAUCCACACAGGAGAAAGGCCCUACAGCUGUGACCAGUGUGGGAAGGAUUUUAAACAGUCUGGUGCACUUAAAGCACAUAUGAGAAUCCACACAGGAGAACGGCCAUACAGCUGUGACCAGUGUGGAAAUAAAUUUAAAGAGUCUGGUGCACUCAGGGCACAUAUGAGAAUCCACUCAGGGGAGAAGCCAUUUGAAUGUGACCAGUGUGGCAAGCAAUUUAAAUAUUCUCAAGUCCUCCAUCAACAUAUGAGAAUCCACACAGGAGAACGGCCGUACAGCCAGGGCUCCAGGACGGUGGCGGACUACACCAUUGACUUCUGGACGCACGCGGCAGAGGUGGAUUGGACAGACAGCACUCUGCAGGCUGUUUUCGUGCGGGGGCCUGAAAUGAGCACCUAA